AUGGGUAAUUCCCAAGGGAAGCCAGUGGCUUGCAACGAUGCGGUGAACCUGAAUCACUUUCGCCUCCUCCGUGUGGUCGGGAAAGGCGCAUUCGGAAAGGUCCGCAUUGUGGAGAGAAAGGACACAGGUCUGACAUUUGCUCUGAAAUACAUCCGGAAAGAAGAAGUUGUACGGUCGGAGAGCGUGCGAAAUAUCAUCCGUGAAAGACGCAUGUUAGAACACUUGAACCACCCAUUCCUUUGCAACUUGCGAUACAGUUUUCAGGAUAUGGAGUACAUUUACAUCGUGGUGGACUUGAUGAACGGCGGCGACCUGCGCUUCCAUAUCUCGCGAAAGUGUUUCACCGAGGAGGCAGUGCGGUUUUGGAUGGCCGAACUUGCAUGCGCUCUCAGGUAUAUCCACUCGCAGGGCAUUAUUCACCGCGAUCUCAAGCCCGAUAAUGUCCUGCUGGAUUCAGAGGGACACGUUCAUUUGGCCGAUUUUAACGUGGCGUCCGACUUCCGACCGGGAAAGCCUUUGACCAGUAAAUCCGGAACACUGGCUUACCUGGCCCCCGAAGUUUACGAGGGCGGUGGAUACUACUUUGAGGUCGAUUGGUGGUCACUCGGAGUCACAUUCUAUGAAUGCAUAUACAACAAGCGCCCAUUCGAAGGUCGCACUCAAGAGGCUCUCAGCGAAAGCAUCAAGAAGGCCCAGCCCAAGUACUACGUCACCAACCCAGCUGUUUCCGUGCCCUGUCUGCGAGCUCUGUCUGCACUACUUGAGAAGGACCGUAGUCGUCGCAUUGGUGCCAUAGGGUUCGAGAGUUUCACUUCGCACAUGUUCUUCGCCGAUAUCGAUUUCGACGCCCUUGAAAGAAAGGAAUACGCCCCAGUCUUCCGCCCAUCCAGUGACAAGACCAACUUCGAUGCAACAUACGAUCUCGAAGAGUUAUUGUUGGAAGAAGCGCCGCUGGAGGCCCGUGCCCGCCGACAGAAGCCUCGAGCCGAACUACGUGAGGACGCGACCGCGAAAGAGGUCCGCGAGGAUGAACUGCACCGUCUGAUCGAGACAAUGUUCAUGCCCUUUGACUAUACACUGGCUACUUUCCAAGGCAAUGCGGCUGACGCCAUCGCUGCAACAACCAACCCCGAAGACAUCCUUCCUAUUGCAAACACGAAUACGACGACGACAACUACCCCCACCACCGCGACUUCUCAUUCUCGUCACCUUUCACAGCCGGAUUCUUCUGCGCGAAACUCUCCUCCUCCCAACCAGGAUCGUCCUUAUCAUGCUGUCUCACAUAAUUACAGUGAAACUCUGACCGGGCACAGCGAGAGCGCCGAUCCCAACGACACUGCCUCUGCUCCUCACCCAUCUUCACCCUCGACCCGUGCAUCACCCUCGCCUCCUCCUGCACCCAUGCCUCCUGCGCCUUCCUUCCAUCGUCCGUUACCCCCGGCGCCUCGCCCCGGGGGUGCCACCCGCAAAAUGAGCAAGGGAGGUGGUGUACAGAUGGUGUUGGAGGAAGCCGGCAGUUGGAGCGAGCUCGCAGACCACAGUUCCACCCUGCCCGCCGAGGGUCUUGAUGGGGCGGGCAAGGGCAAGCAGGCGAAUAGUGGUAUGCUUUCGUUCCUCAGCAGAAAGAAAGGCCGCGACCGUAGCCCUAAACCCACCGAGCCGGGAGUUCUGGGUAAAGAGGGAGCUCGGCAAAUUAUCAGCUGA